AUGGAGUCAGCAGUUUCUCAACAGGAAACAAAAUGGAGGUGAUAUCGGCGUUAAACGCCGAAGAUUCGGCGAGAAAUAUAGCCAAUUUCACUCCCAAAAUGCCAUAGAAAUUUAAAGAUGGAGAAAUAAAACUUCGCGAUAGACUAUGUAGGUGUGAUUUGAGUCAUCGUCUGAAAUUUUUGAAGGUCGUAAUUAAGUAAAGUGAGCAGGUUUGACAACAUCAACAUGGCCGCUCUGGCACGAAGAGAACCUCCACAUUACACGUACAAGAGGAAAGUUUACGUCGGAAAAACGAAAAAUCCGAACGCGGGCAUCGUAGGACAGAUGAUGUACUACUUGUCAGAGGCCCGUCUGCGAGGUAAGAUUCGCAGGAUAACAGAUGCUUUAGAUUCAGACCCAGUGGAUGUGCCAUCACUGAAAGACCUGAGCAUCACAGCUGAUGGUUACAUUGCUGUAGACUUGAGGUGUAAAGUGUGGUCUAAACUACUCAAUGUCAAUACACUGGAGAUUUCAAGAAACAAAGACAAGAAGAUAGACAAUUCUGAGUUGGAACAGUUUCAAGUACACAAGUACUGGAGACAAGUAAACUUAGAUGUUGAUCGAUCACACAGGAGGUUUCCCUCUGAGAUGAGAGCAUCAAGGCGUCGCACCCUUCAAGAGCAGCUGGUGAGGAUCAUCAUGAGAGUAUUGUGUAGAAAUCAGGAUCUGCAUUAUUAUCAGGGUUACCAUGAUGUGGCUGUUACUCUGUUGCUUGUAGCUGGAGAGGAGUUAGCUACAGCUCUUCUGGAGCAAUUGUCUCUUCAUCAACUGAGGGACUUCAUGGAAGGUUCAAUGGAGAAGACAACUAAAAUGCUGGCAUUUUUGCAUCCCAUUAUUGAAGAAGCUGAUCCAGAAUUGAGGGAAUUUCUUGUCAGGUCUGAAGUGGGACAGGUGUUUGCCCUCAGCUGGCUAAUCACGUGGUAUGGUCACGUGUUGAAGGAUUUUUCCACCAUAGUGCGCCUGUAUGACUUCUUUCUGGCCACCCAUCCUCUUAUGCCUGUGUACUUCGGUGCCGCUCUUGUGAUCCGGCGUCGUUCUGAAGUGCUGGCCGGCGAAUGUGAAAUGAGCUAUGUACACCAUCUUCUUUCUCGAAUUCCCGAUGAUCUUCCUGACUACGUUGAAGAACUUAUCACCACUGCGCAUUCGCUGUUCCGUAAAUUUCCCCCUGAAAAGCUAUCUGGAGCUGUUGACCGCUAUCUUAAAGAAAGCAUAACCGUAGCCAAGCACAAGCAGUUUAUACGAGAGUUAGGAGACCAAAGACCUGAUUCUGUUCUGAGACAAAGGAAAAAACAGCUUGCCCUUUACACAAACAAUGAACUCGAAGUUUCACAAAAUUUCCAAUCGGCGACACAAACAAAUCCUUACAUGAAGCUCGCUGUGUGGACAUUAACAGCUUCUGUGGGUACAAUGGCUAUUUAUGUUCUGAGUACAGCGAAACGUUGGAUAUAAAUGAAAGGGAGUGUCGCCAUUUUUCCAUGUGAAUGAGACGAGAAAGAGUUUGGUAGCAGACCUUUCGUUACUGUUGCUCUUGUGUCACGAAACCUUGACUUGUGAUCAGAAUGUGAGAGUGAUAAAAAAACAGAGGAACUGCAUUGAAUUCAAAUGGACUGGCUCCAGGUUCGAAUCAAAUGAUCACCAUAUUUUAAAGCGGGAGUUCAAAUUUAUUCGGAUUUGUGAAGCUUACUCGUAGGAACCAAGCCAAAAUACUUUUGGCAGUCGAAAGACUUCUUCAGAGCGAUUUCCUCGUAUGAAACACGCCUUCAACGGUUUGAUUUGACAGUAGGAAGAUGGAACUGUCUUCGUCAUCCUCACUUCUCCUCUGCGAAGCGUUUUUUCGAACUACCCUCUAUAAAGUCAGCAUGAAAGUAGUUUACUGCAUGCAGUGCUCAAUGGACCACACUGCAAUCGUGUUCUCUGAGUAUCAGUAGAAGAAGAUGAUUUUACAACGAAGAACUCAGCCUUACUAAUUCUUACAGGGGGCAUGUAGAAAAUCUGGUAUUGUGCAUUUUGAGAAAUGUGUUGGGACAACACUGUCGUCGAACAAUUUUUUUGCAGGCAGAAGAACGGCCACGGCUGGAACAUUUCUUGUUUAGAGAAAUUAUCUAAGGAAUGUACAGAAAAAGCUGUACAAAUGCAGCAUUGAAAUAUGUAGUCUAUUAAUGAGGGCUGGUUUCUCCCUUGGUCUGGUCACCAAAAUUUACUCAUCCCAAAUGAUCUGUAUACGGAAUUGACCAUUAUCAAAUUAUUCUGAUGAUUUUGUCAGAAACUGGGAAUAUGAAAUAAAAAUGUCCUUGCUUUUCUUUGCGAAGGGAUACCCGCUGCGUACAAAUGAGAAGCUAGUUACCUCAAAUAAAAAAAAAGUAAUAAAAACAAGUCAGUACAGUUACUUAGCAGAACUUUUUCCCGGGGUCUGCUUCAGGGGUCGUUCCUUCACUCGCCGUGCAACACUCGGGCCAGUCCUAAAGUUUCCGCAUGCAGCGUGAAAAGGCGGGAAAAGUCGUUGAACUGAAGCCAAUGCACACAAUUCGAAAGAAGCAGUGAAGACCCAAAGUACAUACAAUUAUAAGGAAGCGAGCAAGUUGCGCAGGGUAUGAGUUUUGCGUCAUUCUGAAUGACUAAGAGUUGAGUGUAAUAUUUCUUAACCAACUACAGAGCGCAGUUAAAUAAACCAAUUCAGUCCGGG